GGCCAAUUCCCAAAUGCCGGCCGGGGCGCCAAGACUAGGUAGCCAGGGGUAACUGUCACUGUUUGGCGUCCGGAAAAUGUAUUUACUUCAAACGAAUUUAUUAUAUCAGCUUAGAUAUAGCCGUGUGGAGAGCGCAGCAAGUUAAAUCUGAGAAAAAUUCAAUGUGUGUAGUUCGUUCAGGUCUCUUGCCAAAUCAGAAUCAGAAUUAUUGCUAGCAAUUCAGACUCUUUCUUCGUAUUGACUCUUCGUUAUGGCCGAACUCUUGUCCCGCGAGAAGGAGUUGUUUAAAAUUAACCAGGAACUCAACCUUCUGACCCUGACUUCGGCCGCAGAAGCCAUGUAUCCGGCGAAAGGAUCACCGCCCGCUUGCGCAGUGACUGUGCCACGAUAUGCCACCUUCCAGAAGCAGAAGGGACCGAGCAGCCUGCUCCGGAAAAAGGUGGUUGCCACGGCUCCAAUGAAGACUCCAGCGAAAACUUCACCCGGCAGAGAUGUAGUUGCUUCAGCCCGUGCAGUAACCACAUCGCCGCUGCCCGAUACGAGUCUGCUGACCAAGUCCAAGGCACCCGAUUGGAAGCACACCAAGUCCCCGGCCGGCCCCAGCUCUCCCACUACCGGCACGGUAUCCAGGUUCAGCACCUUCACGCGGGAUGUGAGCAGUAAGACCGCUACGUAUGUCAAGUACCGGAACCCAAACUUCAGCGAGAGUCCUUCAUUAGACGAACUGCUGCGCAACGACGCCGAUCUUGCAGCCCGGAAACGGGACGUCGUCGAAGUGGAAGUCACCCAGAAGCGGGAGAGCACAACCGUUGUCAAUGGCCAGGUCAAGAAGCAGGUCACCAAGGACAACUUCAUCAAAUUCCUCAAAGCCAAGGUGGCUAUUCUCGAGGAAGACCACGCCCAUCAUGCCGGCGAGUUGACCCGCCAAAAGGAGCAGCUUGAAUUGGCUCUGGAAGCGCAGCGCAAAUUGGAGAACCAGCGCGACCAGACGAUGAGCUCCAAUAAGCAUCUCUCUGAGCAACUUAUGCGGGCCGAGCGGCAAAUCGAGGACGCCAACCGACGGCAAAAGGAGCGCCAACAGGACUUCACCACCCAGCAACGGGAGCUAGAACAGCUAAAGCGAGAUGCCAAGGUGUCCAGGCAGACGACCAUGAACCUGGAGAACCGACUGUCUCGAACCCAGGAGGAUGCAGAUACGGCUCGUCUGGAACUCAAACAACUACGCGAGGAGCAACGCGACCAGUUGGAGGUGCAGCGAAAGGAGCUGAAGCAACGAGACAGCCGGAUCCGGGCCCUGAAGCGGCAACGGGGUGACCUGCUCAACGCCUACAAGAAGCAGCUCUACAUGAUCGACAACCUAAAGCGGCAAACCAGCUGCCUAGAGCAGUCGGCGGCCAUAGGAUUCGGCGAGAAGGAGUUCAACAAGGUGCUUGAAUGGAAUGCGAAGACGUGAGCCCGUCUAGCCCUUGUACACAUCUAACUUAAGCAUAGUACAGCAAUGUAAAUAAGUGGAAUGUAAUUACAUUUUAUGGUCUCACUCGUA